CCCCCCCCUCUCUCUCUCUCUCUCUCUCCUAUUUCGGUGACCCCUCCCCUCUUUUUCCCAAAGGGGUCGCCUUCACCCCUCUUCUGAAUUGAAUUUGAAACCACAGAAAUUCAGAAGAACUUGCAAAGAUGUCGACGGAGAUGGCACAGACAGACCCGGAGGGCGUGGACGUAGUCCGAAUGACUUGGAACGUCUGGCCUCGCACGAAAGUGGAGGCCAGCAAGUGCGUCAUCCCCAUCGCAGCCUCGAUCUCUCCGAUCCGCCCCAACCCUGACAUGCCCACGCUCCCUUACCACCCUCUCCGCUGCAAAACAUGCUCUGCCAUUCUCAACUCCUUUUGCCGAGUCGAUUUCUCAGCCCACAUAUGGAUCUGCCCCUUCUGCUUUCAACGCAACCAUUUCCCUCCCUCUUACUCCCAAAUCUCCGAAACCAACGUCCCUGCUGAACUCUACCCUCAAUUCUCCACCAUCGAAUACCAUAUUGAUGCUAGUGCCCAACCACAAUUGGUUUCAUCUCCGCCAGUUUUCGUGUUUGUCCUCGACACUUGUAUGAUCGAGGAGGAACUGGGUUUUGCGAAAUCAGCUUUGAAAAGGGCAAUUGGGUUGUUGCCGGACAAUGCCAUGGUGGGUUUCGUGUCGUUUGGGACCCAGGUUCAGGUUCAUGAACUGGGUUUCUCGGAUUUGUCCAAGGUUUAUGUUUUUCGGGGGUCGAAGGAAUUGUCCAAGGAUCAGGUUUUGGAUCAGUUGGGGCUCGGAACUAUGGCUGGACGCAGGACUGGUGGGCCAGGGCAGGGCUUUCAGAAGGGGCCACAAGCUGGAGUUCUGAAUUUGGGGGUUACCAGGUUCUUGUUGCCGGCUUCAGAAUGUGAAUAUACUCUCGUUUCGUUAUUGGAUGAGUUGAGUACGGAUCAAUGGCCAGUUCCGCCUGGUAAUAGGGCGUUACGGUGUACUGGAGUGGCAUUGAGUGUUGCAGCGGGGUUGGUUGGUGCUUGUUUGCCUGGUACUGGUGCUCGAAUUGUAGCUUUAGUUGGUGGUCCAUGCACGGAAGGGCCAGGCGCGAUUGUAUCAAAAGAUCUGUCAGAUCCAGUUCGCUCCCACAAAGAUCUAGAUAAGGAUGCAGCACCAUAUUUUAAAAAAGCAGUCCAAUUUUAUGAGGAACUUGCGAAGCAGCUGGUCAGCCAGGGUCACGUGCUGGACCUUUUCGCUUCUGCCCUUGAUCAGGUUGGGGUUGCAGAGAUGAAGGUUGUAAUUGAAAGAACAGGUGGCCUUGUGGUUCUAGCUGAAAGUUUUGGUCAUGCUGUUUUUAAAGACUCAUUCAAGCAUGUUUUUGAAGUAGGAGAACAGUCACUGGGCCUAUCCUUCAAUGGCACACUUGAGAUCAACUGUUCAAAGGAUAUUAAAGUUCAAGGGAUUAUUGGACCUUGCACGUCUUUGGAGAAGAAAGGACCUGCUGUCGCCAACACAGUUAUUGGACAGGGCAAUACUACAUCUUGGAAGAUGUGUGGCCUUGACAAAAGUACUUGCUUGACUGUUUUCUUUGAUAUUUCAUCCAGUGAAAAGUCAGAGCCCUCAGGAAAUUUAAAUCCACAGUUGUAUAUACAGUUUCUUACUAGUUACCAGAGCCCUGAUGGUCAAACAAGACUGCGAGUUACAACCAUUACUAGAAGGUGGAUAGAUAGUGCUGUUGGCUCAGAGGAAUUGGUACAAGGAUUUGAUCAAGAAGCAGCUGCCGUAGUAAUGGCUAGGUUGACUUCUUAUAAAAUGGAGAUGGAGGAAGGAUUUGAUGCCACAAGGUGGUUAGAUCGGAAUCUUAUUCGCCUCUGUUCCAAAUUUGGCGACUAUCGGAAGGAUGACCCAACCUCAUUUACAUUAAAUCCCAGUUUUUCGCUGUUUCCUCAGUUUAUGUUUAACCUGCGGCGAUCACAAUUUGUGCAGGUGUUUAACAACAGUCCAGAUGAGACCGCCUAUUUCCGCAUACUGUUGAACCGUGAAAAUGUAAUUAAUGCAGCAGUCAUGAUUCAACCAUCACUUAUGUCAUAUUCCUUCAAUUCGUUGCCUGCACCGGCUUUGCUGGAUGUGGCAUCCAUUGCAGCUGAUCGUAUCCUCUUAUUGGAUUCGUAUGUCAGCGUAGUUAUUUUCCAUGGAAUGACAAUAGCUCAGUGGAGAAACAUGGGCUACCAGAACCAGCCUGAACACCAGGCAUUUGCACAGUUAUUGCAAGCUCCACAUGACGAUGCCCAAAUGAUAAUCCGCGACCGGUUCCCUGGUCCAAGAUUGGUCGUGUGUGAUCAGCAUGGCUCCCAGGCAAGAUUCCUUUUGGCAAAGUUGAACCCGUCAGCCACGUACAAUAAUGCUCAUGAGAUGGCUGCUGGAUCGGAUGUGAUCUUUACUGAUGAUGUGAGUCUUCAAGUGUUCUUCGAGCAUCUUCAGAGGUUGGCUGUGCAAUCUUCUUGAGACCACAGAACAUUGGGACUUGGCAAUCGAGGUAUGCUUUCUUGGUAUUGUGAAAAUCCCGCUGUUUGCGUUCUCAUCCCCUUUUUGCUAGCCUCUUAUCCCUUUGGAUCUGUACCUUUCUUUCCAUCAUUCAUGGGAUAAGAGGUCAGACCCUAUAUUUUACUUGAACAAUAGGGAAAUCAUUCUUUGGGUUGUGGGGAGAUAUUUGUUUCCAUUUGAAAAUAAGAGACGAGGUUGGGAGUUUUAAUUUAUAUAUAUAUAUGCAAAGAAAGGAUGAGAAUAUAAGUUGAAGAGCCACCCCUGCUUUAGCAGCAGGAUCAGUCAGAAUGACAUUCUCAGUUUUUGUAAGUUACCCCCCAGGUCACAAGUUUAUAGUUUGUUUUUUGUAUUGAAUUUGAGGUUAUAUAGUUGGAGUGAAGGCUCCUUUGUUGAGAAGUUCAUGAAAUUCUUGUUUUUGUUCA